CACGACCAACGAGCGUAUCAUUAUCACACAAUGGGUUCCAUCGUAUCUGCCAUCGGUCGCGGCAUCAACGCCAUCAUCUCCGCUAUUGCGGCUGUCAUUGAGACUAUCGUCUCCGCCAUCGUCUCGGUCCUCCUUGCUAUCUGGGACGUGAUCAUGGCUAUCCUGUGCUGCAGGUGCUUCGGCGGCAGAAGGCGAGGCCGCGGCACCACAACCGCAUCGACAGGGAGGCGCAGAGGAGGCGGCUUUGGCCGCAGGAGGGGAGCGGGCGCGACCUACUAAGCUCGCUCUCACGGGGAGGGGAAGACGCUCUCUAGACUCAGCGCGUGCUCUCGCGCGUGGCUGAACAUACCCUGUGCUUGUACAUUGUAACAUCCUCUUAAUACGCACACACGCGUUUGUAGCGCUAUUUCAUGCC